GUCUGUCUCUUUCACUUGACCUACUCUUGGAUCCGUUUACACCCCUGCCCCGCCAGUCCCCUUUGGAAAAGCACAACUGCUCCCAAUCAAGGCAGUAACUCGACUUCCCUCAGAAGCAACACCCUCGCGCUCCAGAGGUAAGUCGGUGCCGCCCUCACGGCCCCUUCGCUUUCCCCGCCUUCCUAAGCAGCCCAGCGCCGCCGAAAGUUUGCCCGCCGGCCACAAGAGCUGAGAGAUGUGCUGCAGCGGCGGAGAAGAAGACUGUAGCAGCGGGACGCUGCCGGCAGCCGCUUUGCAGGCGAGGCGCCGGGGCAUUCCCACCACGCUGCUGCUCCUCUGCGCCUAUUUGGUUUACCUGCUGCUGGGCAGCGCCGCGUUCUACGCCAUGGAGGGGCCGGUGGAGCGCGACACGGCGCUGAGGUUGCUGCAACAGAAGUGGCAGUUGUUGGAGAACCACACGUGCCUCGACGGGGAAGCCCUCGAGCGCCUCGCCGAGCGUGUCAUCCAGGCCUACAAGAAUGGACUUAUCCUUAAAGGAAAUGCAAGUCUGGGAAGAUGGGACUUCGUUGGCUCCUUCUUCUUCUCUGUUUCUGCGGUAACUACCAUUGGCUAUGGAAACUUGAGUCCUAGCACAGUGGUUGCACAAGUUUUCUGCAUCUUCUUUGCCCUCUUUGGGAUCCCCUUAAACCUUGUGCUCCUGAACAGAAUAGGACAGCUGAUGCUUUCAGGUGUUCAGCAAUGUGCCUGCCACCUGGGUGAGAAGUUUCAUUGGCAAAAAGGGGCUGCUGUGUUGACACGGACUUGUGCACUGGUUGCUGGGCUGUUACUGUUCCUUCUGCUGCCUCCUCUGUUAUUCACUGCCAUAGAAGGCUGGACCUAUGAAGAAGGAUUCUACUAUUCCUUUAUUACUCUUACCACAAUAGGCUUUGGAGAUUAUGUAAUUGGCAUGAACCCUGAUCGCACUUACCCUGCCUGGUACAAGAAUGUAGUAUCUCUCUGGAUUCUGUUUGGGAUGGCCUGGCUAGCCCUGAUCAUCAAUCUUUGCAUUAGCUUACUAGAAAGCUCCAGUGAUCUCUGCCAGUGCUGCAAGAGGAAGAACAGAGAUGUGGAACAGGAGCUAAUAGAUGGCAACCAAAAUGUCAGUUUGGGACCUGAGGAUGAGCAGAGCUGUAGUGUGAAGGCCACCAAGCCAGUGGGGCCAGAUUGAAUAGCAUAUACUGUUUGUUGUUUAUUUUUUUCUAAUGAAGGGCUUUUAUUAUCUUGCUAACCUUAAUAGGGCAUUUUGUUUUGUCACUAGCAGAAGUGCAGCGAUCUGAGAGAAUCCCAGCAGAGGUAACUGGACACUGAGGCCAAGGUGGAAAUCAAAUUGUGUUGCUUUAUAUGUGAGAUUCUCCUCCAGACAUGAAAAUGAAUUGCUGUGGAAGAGGAGCAAGUAAAUGCCAUCUGAUGGGAAUCCACUUAAAGGUUUAUUUGCUGCAAGUUCACAAAUUGAGAAAUCUCAACCCACCCCCUCUCAGUGUAUAGAACUUUCUCCUAAGUGUGGUGGGUUACCUCUGUGCAAGGGAAGUAUGAGGGGCAAAAGAGUACUCACAUAAAUGAGUGACUAAAAUGUCCAAUUAUACUGUAAUUUAUCAACUUUGUAAGAAUAUUUGACUAACACAAGGCUCUGCAGAUUCUCUAAAGAAUAUUCAUCUUAAUACAGAAGACUUUAAUCUUGCAAAUCAA